UGUUAACUUGUAUCAUCUACCUUGUUAUAAAACAAAUCCUACGCAAAGUGAAAUUAAGGACCAUAAAACAUUUUACCUGCUGUUAAGAAAACUGUUUUUCAGUAUAUUUUAGAAGAAUUCAAAUGUGUUCCAAAGCAGUGACUAAUAUGCGCGGUCCUUUACGGUAGAUUAUUUUGGUUUGAUUGGAAGUAUAGAGCGAAAGUCAGCUACAAAAACAUUAAGGCGUCUGUAAACAUUGGAGAGAGCUAACAAAGUUUUACCUUUAUUCUAAAUCCAGCUGCAAUCUGUAGAGGUGGAAUACUGGCUAAUGCUGUAAAGCCGGGGUAGAACAGUUUUCGAAAACCGCGCCACUAAAAACUAUUCGAGGUGUCAAUUCAGAUCAUCUAAGGAAAUCUAAUGACGAAGUGUUCGAAGUGUGUGGGUUCUUGGGGUAACCAAAUAGUUUUCGUGCUGUGUUCUAUGCUUUGCGGUAAAAAGGUAAAUGUUAAGUGGUCAUUGAUGGACAGGAAAAUGUUCCAGAGCAAAACCAAUGUUACUCGUCUAUACCGUGGAGUAAUGGACGAUGUUAUAGAUGCCAUUGCCAAGGAAGGUCUUGAUGCGGGAGCAGAUGACCAGGCUUUGGCUGAGCUACGCCGUCUUUGGCUCGCGAAGCUGUCGCAAUCUGGAGCCCUUGAAGCAGAGCAGCCAUAUUGCUUUCGAGUUCAUCCAACAAGUGUACAAGUAUCUCAAUUCGGCAUGGAUUCUUCAAACGAAAGCUUUUCUGUCGGUGCCGGAGGUAUUGAAAUUGGAAGCGAAAUGGUUACAGUUAAACAUGAUAUCCCUCGCAUCAUUAUGCACACAAGCAGUGAGGGUGCACUAGUAACUGGCAGUGAUAUCGUGCCGUGCAAUGUCGCCGCCCAACUAUUACGUUCCGGUGAGGGACCCCUAAAUCUCGAAGAAUUCAGCCAUUGCGCCGGGAGGUUAGCGAGGUUUACUAGGAAGACACAGUACAAAACAACCGUUAAGCGAGCAGCACCAGAUCGCGAAGACGAAAGUCAAUUAACACUCGCAAAUGAGGUCGGGUGUUCUGGAACCAAUCGAAUUCUUCCAGGUCAGUUGGAUGGCACUUUGAUGAAUCCUGGUUCGGAUCUUGACUCCUCGGAAGAUGAACGUGAUAGUUUCGUCGCGGACGGAGGCAGCGACGCGCAAGAUGGCAGUCCCAGCAGUGAAGGGAGUCGAGAACCUCAAGAUCCAGACGAAGUGCUCAAUUCGGGCGAUGAUGAAGAAGAUGCGAUUGGCGAAAAUGAACCACUUGAUGACAUCGAGAAUAUCGUCGUGUGCCAGUAUGCAAAGGUGCACCGCAAGGGCGCGCAUUGGAAAGUACGGCUCACACAAGGAAUCAUGAAUAUUGAUGGAAAGGAUUAUGUGUUUAGCCGCAUGGACGGAGAGGCUGAUUGGUGAUGAAUUCAGCUUUAUGAGAAAUUAAAGUUCAAAUAAUGUAUUUCAUGUAUUGUAAGGAAUAAAUAUUUAUUUUUUGU